UUCAGGCCUCAGUUUGCACUGGAGGACACGGGAAGCGAGACGUAGAUUCGGACAGAAGUCAGUGGUGUUUCGCAAAUACGAAAAAAAAAACGUUCUUUUGCAAAAGAGAAUAAAUAAAACUUGUGUGUUGGAUGGAAGCACGCCAGCAGCGGACAGUGACGACGUGCUGAGCUAAAAAUACAAGCAGAUGAAGUCAUUCACAAACACUGUCAGCGCAAGCAGAAGCAGAUUGGCCAGAUAAUCAACAAGCGCCCGUCGGUCCGGAUCUUCGGGAUUACAGUGAAAAAUUGCGUGAAACUUCGUGGGUUGUUCCGUUCCUGACCCUUUUCCUAGUGCGUGCGUUGUGCCAUAGGUUCUAGUUCUAGCCGUGUUAGAAAGCGGAUUCUUGCUGCAUCGUCAAGGACAGAAAAAUCCAUCAGCAGCUGCCACCACCACCUGAAGGGAAUACCAAUCCUAAAAUGAGCAAGGAAGCCCCGCCGGCGUACGGUUUCAUACCGCCCCAGUCGGCUCCACCCAGCUAUGCACAGGCCGUCGGUGGCGUUCCCCCGGCUAGUCCCUUCGUGCCGAACGUGCCCCAGCCAACGGGGCCGGCCAUCAUCACCACCGUGGUUCCCGUUGGCCCCCAGACGACGCACAUGAUCUGUCCCAGCUGCCACUCGGAGAUCAACACCCAAACCACCACGUCGCCCGGCCUCAUCGCGUACGUUUCCGGCUUUCUGAUUGCACUUUUUGGUUGCUGGCUCGGCUGCUGUCUGAUUCCGUGCUGCAUCGACGAGUGCAUGGACGUGCAUCACUCGUGCCCCCACUGCAAGGCCUAUCUCGGACGACAUCGACGAUAAGCGGGAAUUCCUUGAGCCCGUUUGAUUGCGUUGGCGAUUCCAUCUCAAAUCGAAGGGCACCAUCUCUGCCAAGUCCCGCGUUUCGUUUUCGAGAAAAAAAAAAACAAACAAAAUCACGAUUGAGAGUGCAUCACAUUGCGAAUGUUUCCAGAAGCAAAACAAAAAAUACCCAUAACACCGACAAAAAAAUCAUCACGAUACGAUUAAUCCAAGAAACAACACUAACAGAGUCUAGUUUAAUCGCUAGAACAGCAGCUAGGUGUUGUCUAACUUUUUUUUUGUCACGGACGUGUGUCAUAGAGGCGCUAAGCGUUACCCGCCGAAACGGCGGCGCCGUUACAGCUUACAGUCAGAACGGAUACUGAACGUUUUAAAUCUCGUUUUUUUUGGCAAUUAGUUUGCUCUGUUUAGUUAGAUUUUUAAAUUCAGAUGAGCCAUACCGAUAGGUGAUCGAUUAGCAGGCAUUUCGAUGGAAUGAAAGUUUUUCCAUGCGAUCUAAUUCACAAUAAUUAUGUUUCUGGAGAAUAGUGCCUCAUCUGAGUUGGUGGUACGAACUAGAAGCCUAACAUUUUGUUUAAUACUAAGCGACAGCAGCGAGUGGUUAGUUUUAGUUUUAUAUUAAACUCGAUUUGACUAAUUUGUGAUGUCAUCCAAUCCGUCUUCAUUUUUUUUUGCGUUUUUCUGACAAUAUUCACAAUUAUUAUCUUGAACCCUUAUACAUGUAAUAUUUGUAGUCUUGUAAUAUUGUUAUUAAAUUCGCUGCUGAUAAAUAUUCAAUAAAACCAAAAAUAAUUUUAAUGUAAACGAAAAA